AUGGACGAGGCUGGAGAGCGAGCGGCCGACGAGGAGCCGGAGCCGGGCAGAGCCAAGACUUUCAUCCGCCUCAACGACCUGUCCGGGGCCGGGGGUCGCCAGGGGCAGGGGGCCGGGGCCGGGGCCGGGGCCGGGGCCGGGGGGGGGGGCAGCGGCGGCGGCGACUCGGAGGCGGAGGCGCUGCCCUACCCGGCGCUGGCCCCCGUCGUCUUCUUCUACCUGAGCCAGGAGAGCCGGCCGCGGAGCUGGUGCCUCCGGCUGGUCUGUAACCCCUGGUUCGAGCGGGUGAGCAUGCUGGUGAUCCUGCUCAACUGCGUGACGCUGGGCAUGUUCCACCCCUGCGAGGACAUCGCCUGCGACUCGCCGCGCUGCCGCAUCCUGCAGAGCUUCGACGAUUUCAUCUUUGCCUUUUUUGCCGUGGAAAUGAUAGUCAAGAUGAUCGCGCUGGGGAUUUUCGGGAAGAAAUGCUACCUGGGAGACACGUGGAACCGCCUGGACUUCUUCAUCGUCAUCGCGGGGAUGCUGGAGUACUCGCUGGACCUGCAGAACGUCAGCUUCUCGGCCGUGCGCACUGUACGCGUCCUGCGGCCGCUCAGGGCCAUUAACAGAGUCCCCAGUAUGCGCAUCCUGGUGACGCUGCUCCUGGACACGCUGCCCAUGCUGGGGAACGUCCUCCUCCUCUGCUUCUUCGUCUUCUUCAUCUUCGGCAUCGUGGGAGUCCAGCUCUGGGCGGGUUUGCUCAGGAAUCGCUGCUUCCUCCCCGAGAACUUCAGCAUCCCCUACGCGGUGGAUUUGGAGCGGUACUACCAGACAGAGAACGAAGACGAGAACCCCUUCAUCUGCUCCCAGCCCCGCGAGAACGGGAUGCGCUACUGCCGCAGCAUCCCGACGCGCAGGGAGGAGGGCCUCGAGUGCACCCUGGAUUACUACUCCUACAACGACACCACCAACACAUCCUGUGUCAACUGGAACCAGUAUUACACCAACUGCUCAGCCGGGGAGCACAACCCCUUCAAGGGUGCCAUCAACUUCGACAACAUCGGCUACGCCUGGAUUGCCAUCUUUCAGGUCAUCACGCUGGAAGGCUGGGUGGACAUCAUGUACUUCGUCAUGGACGCGCACUCCUUCUACAACUUCAUCUACUUCAUCCUCCUGAUCAUCGUGGGCUCCUUCUUCAUGAUCAACCUCUGCCUCGUGGUGAUAGCGACACAGUUCUCGGAGACGAAGCAGCGCGAGAGCCAGCUGAUGAAGGAGCAGCGGGUGCGCUACCUGUCCAAUGCCAGCACCCUGGCCAGCUUUUCGGAGCCGGGCAGCUGCUACGAUGAGCUCCUCAAGUACCUGGUUUACAUUGCCCGUAAAGGCAGCAAGCAGCUCGUGGAGGUCUACCGGGUGGCGGGCGUGAGGAUGGGCUUCCUUGCCAGCCCCACCAGCAAGGUGGGGGCCGACCGGCACUCCGGCAAGCGCCGGGCCAGGAAAAGGUCCUCGGUGCACCACCUCAUCCACCACCACCACCACCACCACCACCACUACCACUUGGGCAACGGCAACCUGCGGGCGCCCCGUGCCAGCCCGGAGAUCAGCAACGUGGACACCAGCUCCCUCCACAACGGCACCAACCGGCUGAUGCUGCCCCCGUCAGCACCAAACCCCGGCGCCGCUCCCGGCACCACCGAGUCCGUGCACAGCAUCUACCACGCUGACUGCCACGUGGAGCCGCUGCGCUGCCGGCCAUCCCUCCCACAGCCGGCUCUUGGCUUGCCGAGCCCAGAAGGUGUCCCCAGGGGCAUGGGGGGCGGCAAGGUGUACCCCACGGUGCACCCCAGCACCUCCCAUGAGGUGCUAAAGGAGAAGAGCCUGGGGGAGGCGGCGGUGGGGGCCGGCAGCAGCACGCUGACCAGCCUGAACAUCCCGCCCGGGCCGUACAGCACCAUGCACAAGCUGCUGGAGACGCAGAGCACGGGGUUCUUUUCGGUCCACGUUACGGAUAAAGGUGAUGGAUUUGCAGGUCCCUGCCCGAGCUCCUGCAAGAUCUCCAGCCCCUGCACCAAGCUGGACAGUGGCUCCUGCAACCCCGAGGGCUGCCCCUACUGCCUGAAGGCGCUGGCGAGCGAGGCCGAGCAGACGGACAACGAGAUGGCGGACUCGGACAGCGAGGAGGGGGUCUACGAGUUCACGCAGGACGCCCACUACAGAGACCAGCGGGACCCCCAGCGUGGCAGGGCCCGGGCCAGGAGCGCUGGCAGGGUGCUGGCCUUCUGGCGCGUGGUGUGCGAGACCUUCCGGAAGAUCGUGGACAGCAAAUAUUUUGGGCGCGGGAUCAUGGUGGCCAUCCUCAUCAACACGCUCAGCAUGGGCAUCGAGUACCACGAGCAGCCAGAGGAGCUUACCAAUGCCCUGGAGAUCAGCAACAUCGUCUUCACGAGCCUCUUUGCCCUGGAGAUGCUGCUGAAAGUCCUCGUUUACGGUCCCUUCGGCUACAUUAAGAAUCCAUACAACAUCUUUGAUGGGAUCAUCGUGGUGAUUAGCGUGUGGGAGAUUGUGGGCCAGCAGGGCGGGGGCCUCUCUGUCCUGCGGACGUUUCGGCUCAUGCGAGUGCUGAAGCUGGUCCGCUUCAUGCCCGCCCUCCAGCGCCAGCUCGUCGUGCUCAUGAAGACCAUGGACAACGUGGCCACCUUCUGCAUGUUGCUGAUGCUCUUCAUCUUCAUAUUUAGCAUCCUGGGGAUGCACCUCUUCGGCUGCAAGUUUGCCUCUGAGCGAGACGGUGACACGCUGCCCGACAGGAAGAAUUUCGACUCCCUGCUCUGGGCCAUCGUCACCGUUUUCCAGAUUUUGACCCAGGAAGACUGGAACAAGGUCCUCUACAACGGCAUGGCAUCUACCUCCUCCUGGGCUGCUCUCUACUUCAUUGCUCUCAUGACGUUUGGGAAUUAUGUUCUCUUUAACCUGCUGGUGGCCAUCCUGGUGGAGGGUUUCCAGACAGAGGAGAUCUCCAAGCGAGAAGACGCGAGCGGGCAGCUGAGCUGUAUUCAGCUGCCUGUCGACCCGGCGGCGGGUGACGCUUCCAAGUCCGACUCGGAGGGCGAUCUCUUCCCCCGCAGCCUGGAAGAGGAGGCCGGACUGAAGAAGAACUUGUCAAACCCAGCCUUGAUGGCCCUGAGCGACCACCCAGAGCUGAAGAAGAGCCUCACCCCGCCGCUCAUCAUCCACACCGCCGCCACGCCGAUGCCCAUGCCCAAGAGCGCCGUGUUCAGCGAGGCCGCACAGGGCUACGAGUCGCGCCGGGCCAGCGGCGUCUCCGUGGACCCCGCCACCUACGAGCUCAAGUCCCCGCCCAGCGCCCGCAGCUCCCCGCACAGCCCCUGGGGCGCCGGCAGCAGCUGGACCAGCCGCCGCUCCAGCUGGAACAGCAUCGGCCGGGCGCCCAGCCUCAAGCGGCGGGGCCAGAGCAGCGAGCGCAGAUCCCUGCUCUCUGGAGAGGGGAAGGAGAGCUCGGAGGAUGGGGAGAGCUCGGACGAGGAGCGCUCCAGCCGGGCCGGCAGCUUCAACGGGUCCUUACCUCAUCGCAUGGAGUCGCUGGAGACAAAAGGCUCCUUCGACCUCCAGGACACCCUGCAGGUGCCUUCCCUGUACCGGACCAGCAGCAUGCACAGCAGUCGCACCUCCACCUCUGAGCACCAGGACUGCAACGGGAAAACCUCUCCAGGCCUGCUGGUACACCAGCUCCACCUGGACGACCCCCGGCAGGACUGCGAUGAUGGCGAUGAUGAAGGCAACAUGAGCAAAAGGGACCGAGUGAAGGCUUGGAUCCGGGCACGUCUUCCUGCCUGCUGCAGAGAGAGAGACUCCUGGUCCAUCUACAUCUUUGCUCCUCACUCAAGAUUCCGUCUGAUGUGCAAUAAAAUCAUCACGCACAAGAUGUUUGAUCAUAUCGUCCUGGUGAUCAUCUUCCUCAACUGCAUUACCAUUGCCAUGGAACGACCCAAAAUCGAGCCUCACAGCGCUGAACGGAUCUUCCUAACGCUCUCUAACUACAUCUUCACGGUUAUCUUCCUGACUGAGAUGACAGUUAAGGUGGUGGCACUAGGCUUGUGUUUUGGGGAGAAAGCCUACUUGAAAAGCAGCUGGAACGUGCUGGAUGGGGUGCUGGUUCUCAUCUCGGUCAUUGACAUCCUGGUCUCGAUGGUGUCAGACAGUGGCACGAAAAUCCUGGGGAUGCUGAGGGUUCUGAGACUGCUGAGGACGUUGCGGCCCUUAAGAGUCAUUAGUCGAGCCCAAGGACUGAAGCUGGUGGUGGAGACUCUCAUGUCAUCCCUAAAGCCCAUUGGGAACAUCGUGGUCAUCUGCUGCGCCUUUUUCAUAAUCUUUGGGAUCCUGGGAGUUCAGCUUUUCAAAGGCAAGUUUUUUGUCUGCCAGGGGGAGGACACCAGAAACAUCACAAAUAAAUCGGAUUGUGCAGAAGCAAGCUACAAAUGGGUCCGGCACAAGUAUAAUUUUGAUAAUCUCGGCCAGGCCCUGAUGUCUCUCUUUGUUCUGGCCUCCAAGGACGGGUGGGUGGAUAUCAUGUACGAUGGCCUGGAUGCUGUGGGAGUUGACCAGCAGCCAGUCAUGAACUACAACCCGUGGAUGCUCCUCUACUUCAUCUCCUUCCUGCUGAUCGUGGCCUUCUUCGUCCUCAACAUGUUCGUGGGGGUCGUGGUGGAGAAUUUCCACAAGUGUCGGCAGCACCAGGAGGAGGAAGAAGCCAAGAGGCGGGAGGAGAAGAGGCUUCGCCGGCUGGAGAAAAAGAGAAGGAAUCUAAUGCUGGAUGAUGUAUUAAUGGAGAGCACAGCCAGUGCAGUGCAAGAAGCACAGUGCAAGCCCUACUAUUCGGAUUACUCCCGCUUCCGCCUCCUGAUCCACCAGAUGUGCACCAGCCAUUAUCUGGAUCUGUUCAUCACAGGUGUCAUCGGCCUCAAUGUGAUCACCAUGGCCAUGGAACACUACCAGCAGCCAAAGGUUCUCGAUGAAGCCCUGAAGAUUUGCAAUUACAUCUUCACCGUUAUCUUUGUCCUGGAGUCUGUCUUCAAGCUUAUUGCCUUUGGGUUUCGUCGCUUCUUCCAAGACAGAUGGAACCAAUUAGAUCUGGCAAUUGUACUGCUGUCUAUCAUGGGUAUCACUUUGGAAGAGAUUGAGGUGAAUGCUUCGCUACCAAUUAACCCCACUAUUAUCCGAAUCAUGAGGGUUCUCAGGAUUGCUCGAGUGUUGAAGUUGCUGAAGAUGGCUGUAGGGAUGAGAGCCCUGCUGGACACCGUGAUGCAAGCGCUGCCUCAGGUGGGGAAUCUGGGUCUUCUCUUCAUGUUGUUGUUUUUCAUAUUUGCAGCUCUUGGAGUGGAGCUCUUUGGAGACCUCGAGUGCAACGACACGCACCCCUGCGAGGGGCUGGGGAGGCACGCCACCUUCCGAAAUUUCGGGAUGGCCUUUCUCACUCUCUUCCGGGUAUCCACGGGGGACAACUGGAACGGGAUAAUGAAGGACACCCUGCGAGACUGUGACCAGGAGUCCACCUGCUACAACACCGUCAUUUCGCCCAUCUACUUCGUCUCCUUCGUGUUGACAGCCCAGUUUGUCCUGGUGAACGUGGUGAUCGCCGUGCUCAUGAAGCACUUGGAGGAGAGCAACAAAGAGGCUAAAGAGGAGGCAGAGCUCGAGGCAGAGCUGGAGAUGGAGAUGAAGACAAUCAGCCCUGGCCAGCGCAGCCCCUCGGACAUCUUUGCUUGGACAGGCAGUGUCAGUGGCGAGAGACCCGAGAGCCCCCGAGGAUGUACCAAUCCCAUGCAAAUCAAGGAAAGGCACUUGUUUGAUACCAUAUCACUGCUGAUCCAGGAAUCUCUGGAAGGAGAGCUGAAGCUGAUGGACAACCUGUCAGGCUCUGUGUGCCAUCAUUAUGCCCUCCCUGCUCCUGAAUAUUACAACUCUGAGAACCAGGCUGAUCUCCGCUCCAAGGACGACACGCUGAUGCUGUCCCCCGACAAGGACUUGCUGAGCGUGAGGAAGCCGUCGGUGGGGCGCACCCGCUCCCUGCCCAACGACAGCUACAUGUUCCAGCCGCCACGCUGCCGGCCCUGCACCGCCGGCCUGGCCGAGAGGACUCCGGCCCACCACAAGGCCCAGUCAGGUUCAAAGGCAUCAGUGCAGUCGCAGCCAGCAGACACCAGCUCUCUCCUGCAAAUUCCAAAAGACCAUUUUCACCACAUAAGAGCUCACGACCACUUGGUCUGGGAGAGCAAAUCCCAGGUUUCCCAGCCAGUGCACUCUCCUUCUGCUGAGAGGCUACUCCGUAGACAGAUGGCUAUAAGGAAUGACUCUCUGGAUAGCAAGGAGAACCUCCACACCGAGGUGGGUGAACUCUCUGACCCAAAUGUCCCCGCUGCGCCCCAGGAGGAGUCAUCGGGUGCUCUGGUGCCCUCAGAAGCGAAAGAAUUGGCCACAUGGAGCCGGGCAAGCGUUCAUACGCAGCAGCAUUCCCACAAUCAGUAUAACAUUUCAAAGCAGGCACCAGCGUCGUGUGCUUGUGCAGACUCGUAUCAGGAGACGCCUGGAGAUUCAGUGGACCAAGAAGUAUCUGAAACAAACAGCUCCUCGGAGCCUUUCACUUCAGAAACUUGCACAGCCUCGAGUGCCUGUUCAGAGGCUCAGCCUCUCACUCCUAAGAGGAACGUGGGCAAUACCGGCAGCGUUACACUGAAGGACCUGAAGAAAUACCAUAGUGUAGACACCCAGGGUCUUCUAAAAAAACCGCCCUCUUGGUUAGAUGAUCAAAGGAGACAUUCAAUAGAAAUUUGUUCCAUGGAAAACAGCCCUCAGCACCAUUCCACAUCUAGCUCUUCUGGCUUCAUAAGUCAGGUGGUAAGUGAAAUGGAAGGCUUGCAAGGAACACGGCAGAAGAAAAAACUGAGCCCUCCGUGUAUAUCUAUAGAUCCUCCCGACGGACAGAGUUUGCUACCUAGAGGACCUCACAGCAUCUCACCUGCCAGUGGAGAUACUUGCUUGAGACGACGUGCUCCAUCUUGUGAUUCCAAGGAUUCGAUGGAUAUAGGGGAUUCGUUGCUUCCAGACAGCAUGUCAACAUCUCCUACCCCAAAGAAAGACUUGUUGACACUUCCUAGCUUUUCCUUUGAUCAAACGGAAAUGGACCCCUGA